UUGUAUCAGUGAAUACGUACAGUAGACAAGCAGUAUUUUCUGCAGCAAGACUAAAGCUGUGUUUCAACUUGAGUACUAAAGAAAAUAGAAAUGUGUACCUAAAGAUAAUCUAUGUUGCAACACACGGUCAGACGAUGUCAUUAUGUUACUGCAUUAAACAAAAGUGGCAAACGUUGAAGAACUUUUUUUACGGAUAUGAAGAAGAAAAUUACAAAGGUACACAACAAAAAAAUUGCCGCAGAUACAGUUAUAUCUACGAUGACAGGCAAGGAUCUCGUCAUGUUCAUUUCGGAAAAACUUCUGAAGAGUACCGGGUUGAGCAUACAGAAAAUUUGCAGAACUACUGCAUACCUAAACGUCAAGUUUUUCAUGCGCACGGCAUCGAUUUCGAUAACAGGGACGAAAGAGACGCGUUUCAAGGUAAAAUGGAUAGGAUGCAAAAAUUACUAACCAGCGAAUUACGCGAAAUUAGACAACAACAUAUCCUUCUAGCGAAAAAACGGAUUCCCUUGCCUUUGAUCAAUUCAAGAAUAAGGAAUGGAAAACAAAAAACAGAAAGCGUUUUUAUUGGAAAAGAUAAUAAACAUAAUACUAAUUUGAUCAAGAAAAAAGACGCUAGACCUGCAACGGAUACAACAAACUUUGUAAAAACAAACGAUAAUCCUUUACUAGAGGAAGUGAGUUUGGUUAAUGACAUUCAGGAUGUACUAGAUCAUAUGUAUUGUUUAAGUAAAGAGAUAAAGGAAAUCCAGAAGACUUUAAAUAUUGAAAUUAGAGAAAGAACAUUACAUCCCGAGCCUCGAUUGGUUCAAAUUAAAGCACCCGAAGAUAAAUUUUCACAGCAGAUGAAACAAAAUGGAGGAUUUCGAUAUCAUAGCACCGACCGCAGCGAACAAACGAUUGCAUAUGACACAUUACCUCCACCAUUAAAGUUAAGUGAUCUGUUGACAAAGCAAGCUCGAGAUGGAGGGAUGAGUUGCACAGAAAGAAAUUGACGUAAAAUAUAGUUUCCUUUCGCUCACUUUAUGAGAAGUAAUAAUACUUUUUCAUACAGGUUUUAUUUAAUCUCCAUUGAAGAUCGAUCAGAAUAUUAUAGUUAAACUUAAGCCA